AGCAGCUUCGCGGACGCUUUGCUCCAUAAACCGGAGAAAAACGCUGCUUUUAACCACUUUUAUUCGGAUGUUAAGAGAAGAUCGAUGUUUCCGUGGACUCGUGUGCUCAACUCGUCCUGAUAUUUCUGAGAAAUGCCCGUUUAUCCACGGCGCCACAGAUAGACUCCAGCGCUCUCAACAUGACCUUCUUCAGCUCUUUAUUUACCCUCCUCUUCAUCAGCAGGUUUCUGGAAAACUCUCUGCUGAACGCUGAGGUCAAAGAGGGAGAGAUUCUUCCUCCGACCAUCCAGAAGCUGAUGAAAGGAUACAACAAAUACCUGCGGCCCUUCUUUGACAAUGGUCCGGUUACAGUGGGCAUGAGUUUAGACAUCGCCAGUAUUGACACCAUUUCUGAGAUCAACAUGGAUUACACAGCCACUAUAUUCCUGCGUCAGCGCUGGACUGAUGAGCGGCUGCUGUUUGAGGGCAAUAAGAGUCUGAGUCUGGACGGCCGGCUGGUGGAGCUGCUGUGGGUCCCCGACACCUUCAUUGUGGACUCCAAGAAGUCCUUCCUGCACGACAUCACAGUGGAGAACCGGCUGAUCCGCAUCUUUCCCAAUGGGACGGUCCUGUACGCGCUCCGGAUCACCACCACUGUGGCCUGUAACAUGGAUCUGACCAAAUAUCCCAUGGACAAACAGACCUGCACUUUACAACUGGAGAGCUGGGGUUAUAAUGUCAAUGACGUGAUGUUUUACUGGGCACGCGGGAAUGAAUCUGUGAGCGGUUUGGACACACUGAGACUCGCCCAGUACACCGUAGAGGAUCAUUACACAUCUGCAUCUGAAGCAGUGUAUGAGACAGGAAAUUAUCCCAAGCUGAUCUUUCACUUCGAGCUGAAGCGCAGCAUCCUCUACUUCAUCCUGGAAACAUACGUGCCCUCCAGCCUGCUGGUGGUUCUGUCCUGGGUCUCUUUCUGGAUCAGCCAAUCAUCUGUUCCCGCUCGCAUCUGCAUAGGCGUGACCACCGUCCUGACUAUGACCACACUGAUGAUGGGCGCUCGCACGUCUCUGCCCAAUGCCAACUGCUUCAUUAAGGCCAUAGAUGUGUACCUGGGCAUCUGCUUCAGCUUCAUCUUUGGUGCCCUGAUAGAGUACGCAGUUGCCCACUUUUGCACACUACACCACCCCGACUGCAACAACGCACUAAUGUACGGUCAUCAUCAUCACAUGCACGACUGCGAGGAGGAGAUGAACGGUAUGCUCACCACCAUCAGCGACUCCUCCAGGCUGAAGAGACGUAAAGACACUGCUGCGGAUCCUCCGAAAGCAUCAGACGGAGAGCCUGAACCCGACCCGUCAGGCCCCGAGACCCCUGCAGAGCCCGUCAGCCGCUGCGCCAAGAGCAUCACACUCCUGAGGAAGAUCCUGAGGUCCGUCAACUGCUGCCAUGUGCAGAAUCCACACUAUAUAGACAACUACUCCCGCCUCACCUUCCCUCUGUCCUUCAUCAUGGUCAACCUGCUCUACUGGACAUACUACCUCUACUUCUAAACCUGAGUGUGUGUGUGUGUGUGUGUGUGUGUGUGUUUGAGUGAAAACUGAUUUGCAUUCAAACAAAUUGAUGUAAGCUACACACACACAAGUUAAUCGAUAAAAUAGGUUCAACGUCCAGCCCUAGUGUUUGUAAGUGUGUGUUAAAGUAUGUGUGUGUGUGUGCGUGUUAGUGUGAGUGAGUAUGGUUGUAAGUAUGAUCCGCAAAUGUCUGUGUUAGUAUGAAUGAGUGUUUGUU